AUGAAGAGUGCUUUAGUAGGCUCCUGGCACAACAGUGGCUUCUAUGGGCACUACAGAGGCCAGUUCAAGAGUGAAAGUGCUCGAGAAUACCGCCUUGCAGCCAAGCCCCAGCCUCCGGCAGUGUUCCUGAAGCGAUGCCAGGAGCCCGCGAAGCAACACUUCUUCUCCAAGCAUGACAACCGCACUUCCUUCGACAGGGGCCCCUUCUGCCUGCUGCAGGGAGUCGGAAGGCGGAAAGACCUGAAUCGCCUGUGGCAGCAACACACUUUUCUGCGCUGGGCACCCUGUGAGCUGGAGUUCCGCCAGCAGCGGCCCCUUGAAUCCUCCUACCAGGCCAACUUCCGGUCCGACCCAGGACUCGGCGACCUCCCUCAGCGUCUUGUGCACUUUGUGCAGCUCAAGCCUCCCCAUGUCAGCACCACCUACCAGCAGAACUUCUGCCAGCCAUCCCCUGGUGACUCUAGUGGCAGCAACAACGUGGGACCCCAGGCCCCCGUCACCAACACACUGCCUAAACUCCCAGAGAUCCCAAGACCCACGCUGCUGCAGCAUUACCUCCAUGCUGGGGUCUCCGAGUGCCUAAACUGGUCCAGAGCAUUAAACAAGAAUGACUGA